UGCCAGCUCUGCAACAGGCCGAGCCUCGCAGCGUGGGGCUGCUACUGGCGUGACAAGGGGGAGCAGGGGGGUGGCGGCAAAGGAACAGGCGAGAGCUUUGGCAAAGACGGCAAAGGCAAGGGCAAGGACAGCGCCACUUUCACAGGCAAGUGCGACUUCUGCCACAAGCCCGGCCACGAGAAGGAAGAGGGCGCGGACUUCGAGCGCGAGAUCUGCGACGAUGACCAGCUCUAUUGCAUGGCGAUGAAGGCCGAGGACAGCGACGCAGAGUUCCGUGGCAUGGGCCUAGACGGGGCCACCUUCAUCGCGCUGGACACGGCGAGCGAUUGCCACGUCGGCCCGAUCGCGUUCGGCGAGGGCUGCAAGCAGGUGGCGGAUACUGGGCUGGGACUGCUGGGCGCGCAGAGGCAGGAGAUCACGAUGGGCGCCGUCGCGACGGCGCCGAUGGCCGUCGACGACGACAACGAGCAGACGAAGCUGCUGAAGGCAGGCUUCAGGCUGGGCCACACGGUAUCAACGCCGAUCCUCUCGCUGCUCGAAGAGAUGGACAUGGGUGCGGAGUUCUGGCUGGGCGCAAAGACGGGAGUGUGCAUGUGCCCAGGAGGCGACCUCACCAGGGGCAUCCCGCUCACCAGGAAGAACAACACCCUGGGCUUCAACGCGAGGACCUUCAGGGCGACGACGGAGGCGAAGGAGUUCGCAGCCAGCGUGAGCGCGAACGAGCAGCAGGAGGAGCUCGUGCAGUCGCCUGGGGCCUCUGGCAGUGGAGUGCUGCGUGAGGGGCGGGAGAUCGUCCUGCACCUAGACAGCCGCGUGGAGGACCUGCGGGCCAGGCUCGAGGAAUUGUGGCAGCCGAUCUACGGCAGAAAGGACGAUUUGCGGACGAGGCUUAGCGACGCUGAGCGGAGGCUCACGGCGCACCGCGCGCGGAUGAAGGAGCUGGAGCGCAGGCGCGAGGUGUCCGUGCAGGGGGGGCUCUCGAUCGCGCCGCUCGAAGUCGCUGGGCCAGCUGCGCCGGCGGAGGCGGAGCGAGCGGCGCGCGAACUUCUGCAUCUCACGAGAGCUCCAUGGUGCGAGGCCUGCGUGAGAGGGAAAGAGACGACCAAGGCUCGCAAGACGCUCACCUUCGACCAGAAGGACACGGGGGAGGCGCAGAUCACCCUGGACUUCUGUUACCUGAACACCAACGGCGACUGGGCGGAGAUCGGGAGCGAAGGCCCGCCAGCGGCGCAUAUCUUCGCGACGACGCUCGUGAUGGCAGACGGGGUUGCGCUGAUGUUCGUCGCGGCUUCGAUGCCGACCAUGGCGGUCACAGACUACGCGGUGGCCAGCGUGAGCAGCUUCCUCGAGGGCAUGCAUCUCGCCGCGGCGGACAUCAAGACGGACGGCGAGCCGACGAUCCUGGCCGCGGUGGAGGAGGUGCGCAAGAAGGUGAGCAAGAGCAUUCAGCUGGAGGAGAAGCGUGGGAACCUGAAGGACAGUCAGAGCAUGGGCGCGAUCGAGGCUCCGAUCAUAUGGUUUCAGGCGAAGGUGAGGACGUACAUGUCCGACUUGGGGAAGCGCUGCGGCAUGGAGAUCACAGCGGGCGCGCCGAUCUGGUGCUGGCUUGCGCGAUACGUUAGCCCGGCAACCUCUACGUACAGACCGCGGGCCGAUAGGAGGGCAUCUCAUCAGGGAACAUUCGGAGUGACCUACAACGGCGAUGUUCUCCCCUUCGCGGAGACGGUGCUCUCAAGGACCUGCGGGAGGCUGGAGCCAGCGUUGCGGGCUGACGCGAAGCUGACGAAGGUUGUGGAGGCACUGCCCUGGGAGGCGCGGAGCGCCGAGUCGUGCGAGCUGCUGCCCAUGAUGCAGCGACCUCUACCUACGAUCGUCCUGACGGCAGCGGAGCAGAAGGCGAAGGCAGAGGCAGAAGUAGCUGCAGCGCCAGCGGCGCCGCGGCAGGGGGCGCCCAACCAGGGGGCGCAUGCGGCAGCAAGAAGCGCAGCAGCACCGCCAUGGGCACCGGCAGGACCUGGAGGGGAACCAGCGGCGGCCGCCGGACCUCAGGAGGAGAGCGCGAUGGAGAAGGGCGCGCCGAUGACCCCGCGGGGCCAGGUUAGACCCGCGGACGGCGAGGAAUUCGGCUUACCUGGGAUGCGCGCAAGGCAUGUUGACGCAAUCUCUCUGCAUGAUUUUAUCGACAACAGCAUCCUGGACAAAGUGGGCACGGCGUCCUACAUGGCGACUUGCGGUCUGGAGCCCGCGGUGGGGCUCAAAGGGGGGCGGGGCGCGUGGGAAGUGCUGGCGCGCUGCGGCGCCCGCGGAGACAUCCCGUGGAGCGAGAGCGGGUUGUUCAAGAUGAUCGAGGUGCGUGGCCCAGGACUUCAAGUGGAUGGAUCAGAGGGCGACGCGUUCGCGGCGAGCUCAUCAGCGCAGACAAGCAGACUGGUGGACUUCGUCAGCGUCAAGGAAGAGAGCCACGGGACCUUCAUCGCGGAUCGCGUGGAGGCAUGUUGCCAGGCGGGCCAGACGGAGAAGGUUUGCGUGGAGCCGCCGCCACAGUGCCUGGCGAUCCUGGCUGCGAUGGGGGGAUUUACCGACAUCGUCUGGGCUUUGGACAAGAUGCUACCUGGACAGCGUGUGGCAGGCGCUGGGUGGGUAGACAAGGCGGCCAAGACGCUCGAGGGCGAGGGCUUCGAGAGGUGCGAGUGCCAGCCGCAGUUCUACCGCCGCAAGGAGAAAGAUAUCCGGAUCGAGGUGCACAUGGGCGAUCUCCACGGCGAAGGACAGAUCUGGGACCUGGGCGGGAUCAUCGAGAGGCUGAGGGGGAUGUUCGGUCUGAGGGCGACGGGCGUCAUCGGGCAGGGGCGCUACUUUCACUUGGAGCGGGGCAGGUUGAGGCUCGUGGACGGCGACGUGAUGCUCGGGCCGAACGUCGAGCACAUCGAGGACCUGAUCCUCGUGGCGGAGUUCCGCACGGGUGUUGGGAUCUAUCUUUAUAAUUCCCCCGACAGGGCAGACAUCCAGAGGGGCGUGCAGUUGCUGGCGCGGAACUUGAGCAAGCCGACGGAGUUCGACAGGGACCGCUUGGUGAAGCUCGCGAGGUACCAGAGGGGGGCCAAGACGUACGGCGCGCUGCUCAAAGGGCCGGCGGCGAGCAAGCCAGGCGAGGUGAAGUUGCAUAUGUUCACGGACACAGGUUUCGCUGCGUGCAAGGAGACGCGGAGGGCGAUGGCCCGCGGUGUCACGAAGCUGGACGGGGUGCACUUCGCGGCGUUCGCGAGGAGGCAGGGAGUCCAGACAACAUCAUCUGGAGAGUCGGAGUUCUACAGAGCGGCCUCGGUGGUGAUGGGCGGCAGGCUGGUCAAGGACGCGCUGAGGUGGCUGGGCUACAAAGUGACCUGGGAGCUGGGGGUCGACAGCAGCGCGGCGAAGGCGAUGAUCAACAGAGAAGGCUUUGGCAAGGUGAAGCACUUAGACGUCGGGGCGUUGUGGGUCCAACAGGAGCGGAAGGUGCGCGGUCUCAUCGUGAAGAAGGAGAGUGGUGAGAAUAAUGUAGCCGACCUGGGCGCGAAGGCCCAUCCAGUGGCGCGGUUCGAGUGCCUGCGAGGACUGGCGGGCAUCGUCGAUUGCAGUGAGAUGGACAAGCACAAGGAGCUGGAGGCGUGCUCGGUGGCGACGAGGGGCCGCGGAGAGUGCGACGGCGUCGACGUGCGCAGUGGAGAGCUACGGGCCGAGGGCCACACCACAGACCUGGUGGCAGCGGCGAUCCAGGGCACGAUCUACGAGUGCACGGGGCAUAUCAUGACACUGGUCAUGGUUGUGGUGUUCUUGGGCGGCGUUGCGCGCGGGUAUUGCUGCCGGAAGCUGAUGGGGCCACCCGGGGCGAAGUACACGGACAAGCCGAUGAAGAUAUGCGAGGAGGGCAACAGCGCCCCGGUCGCAAGCGGGAAAGCGAAG